AUGGUUGUGUCUGUGACAAGCCCUGGUCAUUUCUGGGCCCACAUUCGUAACGAAAAUUUACCAAAAUUAGUGAACCUACAGAAAAAUAUUGAUGAAUUUUACUCAGAUUCAAGGCAUUUUCAAACGUACCAAUGUCAUGAAGUUGCUGUUGACGAUGUUGUGGCUGUAUGCCUCUCUAACCAGUCACAAUGGUACCGGGCUCGUGUCACCGCUGUGCUAAACAAUAGUUAUAAAGUCUUCUGUGUUGAUUAUGGUUACAAUGAAGAAGUGCCAAAAGACAAUGUAUGCCGUUUAAGAGAGGAAUAUCUGAGUCUUCCAUACCAAGCCGUUGAGUGUUACCUUGCUAAUAUAAAACCUAAAGAUGACCAUGACUGGACUCGAAGUGCAUGUAACGCAUUUGAAAAUAUGGUGUGUAUGAACCAAUCGAAGAUCAUAUCCGGAGAAAUUGUCAGAUAUCAACCUACCUCUCAUGGCUUGGUGCCUUGUCUCCAGCUCAUAGACUAUGAUGGACCCCAGGACAGUUUUGUAUCAUUAAAACCAGAUUUAGAUUCAAGCAGGUUUGGUAUUCAAAAUGGUCAAGACUUCCAUGAGGAAAGCAAGUUCCUACUCAACCCCCAACAAAAAAAUCAAAAUAUAAAACAUGGUAAUGAUAUUCAUUUCUUGGUGACCUGGUGUAAUUUGUGGCUGAGAGCCUACACAAAACGGGCUGCAGCCAAGGUGCUAAAUAGUGAGGGUUUUGGCAGCACCGAAUCUUUAACAGACCCAUUCCUAAAAUCUCCCCCAACCGAAGAAACUCCCAUUUCUUUACCGCCAGCUAACACAGGAUGGGCUGAUGACUUUCCAUGGGCUUGGGCAUACAAUGAAGAAGAAUCGGCCCCUGGAAAGGACGUUUGUGAAAUGCAAACUCGCCUCAGCAAUAUACAUUCUCCAACUGUGGAGAUUCAACAGCCUGGGGCAGGAGACAUUACCUCUCUUCAAGAAACAAAUGCACUUACAAAGAAAACUUCCGAAACUUCAGGUUUGGCAGAGUACAGUGAAGACACAGAUGGCAACACUGCUUCCAAAGCUGAGGAAGUAAGCAAUGGUUUUUUUUAUAAUGGUAUUUGCAGUGAUGUAGAUGCAGGACUGGUCAAAGCUACCAGUGACUUAAAUGUUGAUCAUGUGACUAACAACGAUUCUCUUGUAGAAUCUCCUUCAGCGAAUGAAAACUCAAAACUAAAGUAUUUAGAUCGUAGAGAAGAAAUAUCCCCUAGCAGUGAUUAUUCCACAUCAGAGAUGUUUGAUUCAGGCCUCAUGUCAGGUGAUCUUAGUAUUUCUACCCCCAUAUCAGAAACUUCACAUGAGUUUGACCAUGAAAGUUUAGAUCAAUCUGAUUUAGAAUAUGUUGCCCAUAGCCAGUCUGAUGUAACUAGAGUAGAAAAACCUGAAAGUGGCAGUGGUGGGGCUUUAGAUUUAGGAGUAACUCAAGUCUCUGAAGACAAUUACAGUACUAACAUCUGUGAAAGUUCUAUAACUGUCUCAAGAGAUGACGUAUCUUCAGGCUUAGAUUCCCUACAAGGAGACCAGAUAAGGUUUAGUCAAGAAAUGUCUAGUUUAGUUAUAAAGGAUGGUUCUCUUUUGGACCAAGCUACAUUACAAGCCACUAACACAAAAGAAUCUGAUCCUUUAUCCUUUCAAGAAUCUUCAGUUAGCCCAAUUUUAAAACAACCCCUAAAAAUACAAAGUUUAGAUGGAGAAGAAACUGAAGAUUAUGAAUUAGAAUAUACAGGUGAAAAACUGAAUUCGCUAGGAGCUAAAGAUGUUGUUUCUAGAAGAGACACAAACGUACAAAAAUAUGAAGAACUGAAAAGUUCUGAGAAGCUAAUACCUGUUGAAGCUGAUACCAACAUUAGCCUACUCGACUCUGACAGAACACAAAAAACUACCCAAGAAAUUGUCACAAGUGGAGAGGCUGAAGAAGCUUCUUUACAAUCUACAGGUAAGCCAGAAGAGACCAAAUCUUCAGACACUGUAGAUGCCCAAUUUAGCAGGUCUGAUUUGGUCACUAAUGUUUCCUCUCAUACAGAAACAUCUAAAGAUGAGAGUGAAUUAAACAACUUUGAAUAUAAUUCAGUUGAACAAAAAACUGAUAUGAAAAUGACUGACACCACUAGUUCCAUCUUAGUAAAUCAGUCAGAUAAUAUUCCUCAGUGGACUAAUUUGGAGGACAAAACUUACCAAGUGUCCUCUAAUCUUGAUGAAACUCAAACCCAACAACCACACCAAUAUGUUACCGAAACAUUAUAUGACAUAUGUCCUGUAACUAAAAUGACAUCAAUAAGCAAGGACAUUAUGACAAGCAAAGCUGGUUUAACCCAGCCAGAGACAAAAGCAUCACCAGAACCAGAAAGCAAUAGGCUUCCAUCACACUCAGAGGAAGUUACUUUGGGUGUUUCAACUGGAUUUGAUGGAAGAUCCAGUCCCAUUGACCAAACUGUACAACCACAUUCAGAUUCAGUAACUUCAAAUUUAGAUACGGAAUAUAAUGAGGUUUGGACAAAGUUUUAUUCUCCACUUGAGGAGGAUAAUGACUGGAAUGAAAAGCCAUGUCUUACUCUGAAAGAACCAAGUAAAGACAAUAAUGACACCAUGGCAUACUUACUGAAAGACGAUUCUACAGAAUCUGAACCUUUGGAAAAUGAAAUAGAGCAUGAAGACAUUUGGAAAAUGUUUUACAAUCCAAUAUCCAACAAGGAUUGGGAAGAGAAGGCUUUGAAAAUAAGCAGAGACAAUGAAAUUUGGAGGAAAUUUUAUGAAACAGAUGAGAACACAGAUGAUUAUAAAUCAUUGAUCGACAGAAAUCAAUAUAGCACUGAUUGGAAAUACACUGUGUCUGAACCACUUGAAGAAGAUCGGAAAGAUCUUUAUAUAUGGUCAAAAUUUUAUUCAUCAGAAGAUAGUUUCAAAGGUGUUGGAGACACAAAAACAUCUGAAAGAAGACAAGAUCCUCAGGUUACAAAAGUUGAAAGUGAUAAGAUCACUUCAGGAGUUAUCGACUGCUCAUCUCAAGGAACACAAGAACUGCUUGGCAUUCAUCACAGUGAAAUAAACAACAUCACAACACAGCUGUUAAUGAAUGGAGAUGAGUCCCAAGAUCCUGAAAGUUCUGGGGAAACAGUACAUUCUGUAGAUAGAGAAAUAAAUACUCAUGAAAUUUUAAAGAAUGAAAAUCUUUUAGAUUCUUCUGAAAAUGGAAAAAACGAUGCAGCUACAGAUGAGAAGAAUCUUGAAUAUUCAGCUCUUGAAGAGGAUAAUGACUGGGAAGAGAAAGAUCCGUCCAAACUACAAGUUGUUGAAUAUCAUCAAUUGCCGGUGCAGACGUUCUUGGAAUCUUGGCAAGACACUGCAUCAGAUCCUCUUGAAGAUGCUGAUAUUCUAACAAGAGAUGUGGAAAUACCAAACUAUGACAACACUAAUGAUGGAAAAAACAUAAAUACUGUGAUAUAUUCAAACAUUCCUGACAUUAAUACUCCCACUUCUGAAAAUGUUAUAAGGGAAGUAGGUGUUUCUGAGGUGAUGUCUGUGCAAAUAGACAACUUGGAAUAUUCAGCUCUUGAAGAGGAUAAUGACUGGGAAGAAAAAGGCCCUACAUUAUUUCAGGUAAAACAUAAAUAUGAAGAACCUGUGGAGACUUUCUUGGAAUCUUGGAAAGACACUGUGUCAGAUCCUCUUGAAGAUGCUGAUAUUCUGAGUACUGAAGACCAAACACCUGAUGAUGGAAAAUCCAAAGACCAAAAUGUUGAUACAAAAAGUAUUGAUGUGAAGAAAUUGAAAUCAAUACCUACUUCUGAGAAUAUUGUCCAAGAGAGUGUUGGUGAUGAUGUGACAUCAGUCAGAAUUGAACCAUCAGAUUACGACUUGGAAUAUUCAGCUCUUGAAGAGGAUAAUGACUGGAAGGAGAAAGAUCCCACUUUAGUUCAGGUAAGAACAAAAGUGGAAGAACCUGAAAAGACUUUCUUAGAAUCUUGGAAAGACACUGUGUCAGAUCCUCUUGAAGAUGCUGAUAUUCUGAGUACUGAAGACCAAACACCUGAUGAUGGAAAAUCCAAAGACCAAAAUGUUGGUACAAAAAGUAUUGAUGUGAAGAAAUUGAAAUCAAUAUCUACUUCUGAGAAUAUUGUCCAAGAAAUUGUUGGUGAUGAUGUGACAUCAGUCAGAAUUGAACCAUCAGAUUACGACUUGGAAUAUUCAGCUCUUGAAGAGGAUAAUGACUGGAAGGAGAAAGAUCCCACUUUAGUUCAGGUAAGAACAAAAGUGGAAGAACCUGAAAAGACUUUCUUAGAAUCUUGGAAAGACACUGUGUCAGAUCCUCUUGAAGAUGCUGAUAUUCUGAGUACUGAAGACCAAACACCUGAUGAUGGAAAAUCCAAAGACCAAAAUGUUGGUACAAAAAAGAGUGUUGGUGAUGAUGUGACAUCACUCAGAAUUGAACCAUCAGAUUACGACUUGGAAUAUUCAGCUCUUGAAGAGGAUAAUGACUGGAAGGAGAAAGAUCCCACUUUAGUUCAGGUAAGAACAAAAGUGGAAGAACCUGAAAAGACUUUCUUAGAAUCUUGGAAAGACACUGUGUCAGAUCCUCUUGAAGAUGCUGAUAUUCUGAGUACUGAAGACCAAACACCUGAUGAUGGAAAAUCCAAAGACCAAAAUGUUGAUACAAAAAGUAUUGAUGUGAAGAAAUUGAAAUCAAUACCUACUUCUGAGAAUAUUGUCCAAGAGAGUGUUGGUGAUGAUGUGACAUCAGUCAGAAUUGAACCAUCAGAUUACGACUUGGAAUAUUCAGCUCUUGAAGAGGAUAAUGACUGGAAGGAGAAAGAUCCCACUUUAGUUCAGGUAAGAACAAAAGUGGAAGAACCUGAAAAGACUUUCUUAGAAUCUUGGAAAGACACUGUGUCAGAUCCUCUUGAAGAUGCUGAUAUUCUGAGUACUGAAGACCAAACUCCUGAUGAUGGAAAAUCCAAAGACCAAAAUGUUGGUACAAAAAGUAUUGAUGUGAAGAAAUUGAAAUCAAUAUCUACUUCUGAGAAUAUUGUCCAAGAAAGUGUUGGUGAUGAUGUGACAUCAGUCAGAAUUGAACCAUCAGAUUACGACUUGGAAUAUUCAGCUCUUGAAGAGGAUAAUGACUGGAAGGAGAAAGAUCCCACUUUAGUUCAGGUAAGAACAAAAGUGGAAGAACCUGAAAAGACUUUCAUAGAAUCUUGGAAAGACACUGUGUCAGAUCCUCUUGAAGAUGCUGAUAUUGUGAGUACUGAAGACCAAACACCUGAUGAUGGAAAAUCCAAAGACCAAAAUGUUGGUACAAAAAGUAUUGAUGUGAAGAAAUUUAAAUCAAUACCUACUUCUGAGAAUAUUGUCCAAGAGAGUUUUGGUGAUGAUGUGACAUCACUCAGAAUUGAACCAUCAGAUUACGACUUGGAAUAUUCAGCUCUUGAAGAGGAUAAUGACUGGAAGGAGAAAGAUCCCACUUUAGUUCAGGUAAGAACAAAAGUGGAAGAACCUGCAAAGACUUUCUUAGAAUCUUGGAAAGACACUGUGUCAGAUCCUCUUGAAGAUGCUGAUAUUCUGAGUACUGAAGACCAAACACCUGAUGAUGGAAAACCCAAAGACCAAAAUGUUGGUACAAAAAGUAUUGAUGUGAAGAAAUUUAAAUCAAUACCUACUUCUGAGAAUAUUGUCCAAGAGAGUGUUGGUGAUGAUGUGACAUCAGUCAGAAUUGAACCAUCAGAUUACGACUUGGAAUAUUCAGCUCUUGAAGAGGAUAAUGACUGGAAGGAGAAAGAUCCAACUUUAGUUCAGGUAAGAUCAAAAGUAGAAGAACCUGAAAAGACUUUCUCAGAAUCUUGGAAAGACACUGCGUCAGAUCCUCUUGAAGAUGCUGAUAUUCUGAGUACUGAAGACCAAACACCUGAUGAUGGAAAACCCAAAGACCAAAAUGUUGGUACAAAAAGUAUUGAUGUGAAGAAAUUUAAAUCAAUAUCUUCUUCUGAGAAUAUUGUCCAAGAGAGUGUUGGUGAUGAUGUGACAUCACUCAGAAUUGAACCAUCAGAUUACGACUUGGAAUAUUCAGCUCUUGAAGAGGAUAAUGACUGGAAGGAGAAAGAUCCCACUUUAGUUCAGGUAAGAACAAAAGUGGAAGAACCUGCAAAGACUUUCAUAGAAUCUUGGAAAGACACUGUGUCAGAUCCUCUUGAAGAUGCUGAUAUUCUGAGUACUGAAGACCAAACACCUGAUGAUGGAAAAUCCAAAGACCAAAAUGUUGGUACAAAAAGUAUUGAUGUGAAGAAAUUUAAAUCAAUACCUACUUCUGAGAAUAUUGUCCAAGAGAGUGUUGGUGAUGAUGUGACAUCACUCAGAAUUGAACCAUCAGAUUACGACUUGGAAUAUUCAGCUCUUGAAGAGGAUAAUGACUGGAAGGAGAAAGAUCCCACUUUAGUUCAGGUAAGAACAAAAGUGGAAGAACCUGCAAAGACUUUCUUGGAAUCUUGGAAAGACACUGCGUCAGAUCCUCUUGAAGAUGCUGAUAUUCUGAGUACUGAAGACCAAACACCUGAUGAUGGAAAACCCAAAGACCAAAAUGUUGAUACAAAAAAUAUUGCUACAAAUAAAUUGGAAUGUAUAUCUACCUCUGAGAUUAUUGUUCGAGAGAGUGUUGGUGAUGAUGUGACAUCAGUCAGAAUUGAACCAUCAGAUUACGACUUGGAAUAUUCAGCUCUUGAAGAGGAUAAUGACUGGAAGGAGAAAGAUCCCACUUUAGUUCCGGUAAGAACAAAAGUGGAAGAACCUGCAAAGACUUUCUUAGAAUCUUGGAAAGACACUGUGUCAGAUCCUCUUGAAGAUGCUGAUAUUCUCAGUACUGAUGAUUCUGUCAAUGUGAUGCAAUCUAGACAUGCAGAGGUUGUUGCUAAAUCUUCAACUUUUCCUACUCAGAGAAAUUGGGAUUCUGAUGACAAUAUUUAUGUGUCUGUUGAUGACAUUGAAAAUGAACUUGGUAUAACAGACAGAACUAGGGAUUUACCAUCUCCGUCUCACCACAAAGAUGUCACAGAUUCCUCUGAAGAGAAGGCAACCCAUGAUGAAACAGAUGUUUGGUCAAUGUUUUAUACACCCAUGACACCUGGUAAAGAAGAUGAUGACUUGGAAUAUUCAGCUCUUGAAGAGGAUAAUGAUUGGGAGGAGAAGGAUCCCACUUUAGUUCAGGUAACAAGUGUAGUAGAAGAACCUAUACAGACAUUCCUGGAAUCUUGGAAAGAUACUGCAUCAGAUCCUCUUGAAGAUGCUGAUAUUCUCAGUACUGAAGACCAAACACCUGAUGAUGGAAAAACCAAGCACCAAGGUCUUGAUACAAAAAAUAUUGCUACAAAUAAAUUGGAAUGUAUAUCUACCUCUGAGAGUAUUGUUCGAGAGAGUGUUGGUGAUGAUGUGACAUCAGUCAGAAUUGAACCAUCAGAUUACGACUUGGAAUAUUCAGCUCUUGAAGAGGAUAAUGACUGGAAGGAGAAAGAUCCCACUUUAGUUCAGGUAAGAACAAAAGUGGAAGAACCUGCAAAGACUUUCUUAGAAUCUUGGAAAGACACUGUGUCAGAUCCUCUUGAAGAUGCUGAUAUUCUGAGUACUGAAGAGCAAACACCAGAUGAUGUGAAAACCACACACCAACGUUCUGCAUCUCAGCAUAAAGAUGUUACAGACUCUUCUGAAGAGAAGACAGCAACGACAUCUGGUGAUGAAACCGAUGUUUGGUCGAUGUUUUAUACACCUAUGACACCUGGUGAAGAAGAUGAUAACUUGGAAUAUUCAGCUCUCGAAGAGGAUAAUGAUUGGGAGGAGAAAGAUCCCACUUUAGUUCAGGUAAGAACAGAAAUGAAAGGACCUGUGGAAACUUUCUUGGAAUCUUGGAAAGAUACUGUAUCAGAUCCUCUUGAAGAUGCUGAUAUUCUCAAUACUGAAGACCAAAUAUCUGGUGAUGUAAAAACCAAACACCAAAAUAUUGAUACAAAAGAUAUUACUAUGAAGAAAUUAGAAUGUAUAUCUACUUCUGAGAAUAUUGUCCGCAAGAGUGUUGGUGAUGAUGUAACAUCAGUCAGAAUUGAACCAUCAGAUGACAACUUGCAAUAUUCAGCUCUUGAAGAGGAUAAUGAUUGGGAAGAGAAAGAUCCAACUUUAGUUCAGGUAAGAACAAAAGGGGAAGAACCUGAAAAGACUUUCUUAGAAUCUUGGAAAGAUACUGUGUCAGAUCCUCUUGAAGAUGCUGAUAUUCUCAGUACUGAAGACCAAACACCUGAUGAUGGAAAAUCCAAAGACCAAAAUGUUGGUACAAAAAGUAUUGAUGUGAAGAAAUUGAAAUCAAUAUCUACUUCUGAGAAUAUUGUCCAAGAAAGUGUUGGUGAUGAUGUGACAUCAGUCAGAAUUGAACCAUCAGAUUACAACUUGGAAUAUUCAGCUCUUGAAGAGGAUAAUGACUGGAAGGAGAAGGAUCCAACUUUAGUUCAGGUAAGAUCAAAAGUGGAAGAACCUGAAAAGACUUUCUUAGAAUCUUGGAAAGACACUGCGUCAGAUCCUCUUGAAGAUGCUGAUAUUCUCAGUACUGAAGAACAAACACCUGAUGAUGGAAAAUCCAAAGACCAAAAUGUUGGUACAAAAAGUAUUGAUGUGAAGAAAUUUAAAUCAAUACCUACUUCUGAGAAUAUUGUCCAAGAGAGUGUUGGUGAUGAUGUGACAUCAGUCAGAAUUGAACCAUCAGAUUACAACUUGGAAUAUUCAGCUCUUGAAGAGGAUAAUGACUGGAAGGAGAAGGAUCCAACUUUAGUUCAGGUAAGAUCAAAAGUGGAAGAACCUGAAAAGACUUUCUUAGAAUCUUGGAAAGACACUGCGUCAGAUCCUCUUGAAGAUGCUGAUAUUCUGAGUACUGAAGAACAAACACCUGAUGAUGUGAAAACCACACACCAACAUGUUGAUACUAAUACAUCUGAGAAUAUUGUCCGAGAAAGUGUUGGUGAUGAUGUGACAUCAGUCAGAAUUGAACCAUCCGAUUAUGACUUGGAAUAUUCAGCUCUUGAAGAGGAUAAUGACUGGCAAGAGAAAGGUCACACUUUAGUGCAAGUAAAACAUCCAAUUGAAGGACCUGUGCAGACUUUCAUGGAAUCAUGGAAAGAUACUGUCUCUGAUCCUCUUGAAGAUGCUGAUAUUCUAAGUACUGAGGAUUCUGACAAUGUGAUACAAUCUAGGCAUAUAGAAGUUGCGCCAAAGUCUUCAGCUGUUCCGUGUAAGGAAGAAUGGGACACUGGUGACAGCAUUUAUGUGUCUGUUGAUGACAUUGAAAAUGAACUUGGAGUAAUAGAAAGAACUAAGGACUUACAUUCUGCAUCUCAGCAUAGAGAUAUUACAGACUCUUCUGAAGAGAAGACAGCAACGACAUCUGGUGAUGAAACCGAUGUUUGGUCGAUGUUUUAUACACCUAUGACACCUGGUGGAGAAGAUGAUAACUUGGAAUAUUCAGCUCUCGAAGAGGAUGAGGAUUCUGACAAUGUGAUACAAUCUAGAUAUAUAGAAGUCAUCCCAAAGUCCUCAACUGUUCCAUGUAAUGACAAAUGCGACAUUAGUGAUGACAUUUAUGUGUCUGUUGAUGACAUUGAAAAUGAACUUGGUAUAAUAGAAGGUACUAAGGAUUUACCAUCUGCAUCUCACCAUAAAGAUGUGACAGAUUCAACUGAAGCUAAGACAACUAGUGAUGAAACUGAUGUUUGGUCAAUGUUUUAUACACCUAUGACACCUGGUAAAGAAGAUGAUGACUUGGAAUAUUCAGCUCUUGAAGAGGAUAAUGAUUGGGAAGAGAAAGAUCCCACUUUAGUUCAGGUAAGAACAAAAGCGGAAGAACCUGAAAAGACUUUCUUGGAAUCUUGGAAAGAUACUUCAUCUGAUCCUCUUGAAGAUGCUGAUAUACUCAGUACUGAAGACCAAAUAUCUGAUGAUGUAAAAACCAAACACCAAGAUGUUGAUACUAAAGAUAUUGCUACAAAUAAAUUGGAAUGUAUAUCUACUUCUGAGACUAUUGUUCGAGAGAGUGUUGGUGAUGAUGUAACAUCAAUCAGAAUCGAACCAUCAGAUGACAACUUGCAAUAUUCAGCUCUUGAAGAGGAUAAUGAUUGGGAAGAGAAAGACCCCUCUUUAGUUCAGGUAAGAACAAAAGUGGAAGAACCUGUGCAGACUUUCUUGGAAUCUUGGCAAGAUACUGUGUCUGAUCCUCUUGAAGAUGCUGAUAUUCUCAGUACUGAAAACCAAAUAUCUGGUGAUGUGGAAACCAAAGAGUUUUCUACAUCUGGAGGAAAAGAACAUAGCAUAAAACAUGCAGCUCUUGAAGAGGUUAGUGACUGUGAAGAUAAUGUACCUAGGGACUCUUCAGUAGAAUAUCAUGAAAUACUUGAAUAUGAUUCAAUUAGUGAUAGUGAAAAUGAAGAGAAUUAUUCACCACCUUUACAAUUUUCAGCUGACAAAGACUGCCAUUUAACCCAACUGAGCCAUGGUUUUGCGGGGAAAAAAUCUUUAGUUACAAAAGCUGUAAAUACUGAUGAUAAUGAAGUUUGGAAUAUGUAUUUUACUUCCCAUCAAAAAGACAGUGAAUAUGCAGAAAUAGAAAAGUAUCCACUGGAAGAUGUGGAAAGUGUUAAGCUUCGACUCAAUUCCAGGAUGGACGAUUUCUCCAAAGGUAGUCUUCACAGUGAGCCAUCUUCCAGAGAAACAUCCACCUCUCCGCUGUCUUUUGAGCAACUCAAGGAAACAGCAUCAGAUAUUGAUUACAGCAUUGAUCACAGAGAAGAUUUUAACUGGGAACUGCGAGAACAAAUUGCUAAUAACCUAUCUCAGCAAAAUAAAAGCUAUUGUUAUCGAGACCAGCCUGAAUUUUUCUCUGGUAGUCUUGACUCUUGGGCGAGUUCAACUGGAACAAUGUUCACAGCAACUCCUGGCUACAUGAGUUCAACAUGCGUGUCUGACAGUGAAAAUACGCCACUUAUGUCCAACUCUGAUGAUGAAUAUCUUGAUGCUAAGGAUAUAUUUUUUGAAGAUGAACCACAUGUGAAAGUUGAUAUUCCAUACACAUAUGACACUCAGUCUGAAGUGAAUGAAUCCAUUACUCUAGUUUUACCAACAGAUGAGACUACAAAAACUUUAAAUAAAGUUGAACAGGAAAAGGCAGAAGCUCUUCAGCGCAAACAUAUAAUAGAAGAAGAGAUAUCUUUGCUUCUCAGUGAAAUUGUAGCUAUGGCAUCAGAAGGAACCAAACGAACAGAAAAGGCAAACCUUUCUGAGCAAGAUGUCAAAGCUGAAGGAACUAAAAUCUCUCAAAAAAUUACAGAAAUCAUUCAAGGAAUGGUCCACUCAAAUGAAAACAUGGAAGGCAAAGUAACAAAAGACAUCAAUGCCAUCAUUCCCCAGGAUGCAAGUCUUACAGAAGUUCAAGAUACCAUGGGAUCCACAGAAGUGAUGGACAACCAAGAAACUUACUCUGAUGAAUUAGUUGUACCUAGUGAAACAGAAACAAAAUAUGUAAAUCUUGAGGUAACUGAACAAAUGGAGCAGAAAUUACAAAAUGUUGCUUCACUUUACUCCAACUAUGCUGAAGACAUUCCAGACACACAGUUAAUGCUGAAAUUGGAGACUCUGUACUUCAUUGAAAAAAUGGGAAAAAACAAGGACAAAGAUAAUCUUGAUACACAGGGAAAUCUUCAAAGCUCUAAAUUUGUCACUAGUAUAGAACCCACUUGUGAUAAAAACAUAAAACACCAAGAUAAUCAACAUGUAGACAAUCUUAAGUCCAGUGAGUUUUCUGAACUCUCUACAGAUCAGCAUCGAGAAACAGACCAAUCAACAGAAGUUCUGUCAAAGUCUUCAGCCAAUGAAAAUGAAGAAAUCUUUGCUAAUGUCCUGAUGGUUGAAUUGCCAAUUACUGAAGAACUCCAUGUCAGCGAUGAACAUCUAGAUAGUUCAGAAAGUUCCAUUAAUAGAACCAAGGAAAAUGAAAACUGUAGGUUUACAAGCACACUGGAAUUACAACUACCAAACACUGGCGUUUCUGAUACAACUAAAUCGCAAAAUCAGCGCUCAAGUGCUAAAAGGGAUGGUUUAACAUCACGUUCAAAACGAUCAAAAUCAAAGCUGUCUCCUGGAGACAGAAUUGCUCGGAGGUGGCGUAGAAAGUCCCCACAUCGUAAUUAUUCAAAUGCCUUGUUUAUUAAUGUACCUAAUUAUUCUGAGUCUUCAGAGGAGGAAAUGAGUAAAGAUGUUGAAGAGAGUCAAUUGGAUAAUGAGGAAUGCAAAAUGGCAUUGAAACAUCACCGACUUAGUGAAUCAGGAUUUCCAAUAGAAACUCACAGUGAACUGCUGAAACGCUUAUCCUCAAUGGAAUCUGAUUGCUCAUCAACAUCUUCAUAUGAAGGCUUCCGUUGCACAUUGCACACCUUUGUACCUGACUAUGACAUGAAAAACUACCAUAACAUAUUUGUCAUACCAAAGAGGUACGGAACUUUCUCAACUGAAGUAAACAUGAAUAUUGCUGAACCCAAGGAAACAAAUCUCCUUGAUGAAAGUUCACCAUCAAAGAAAACUGUAAAAUCUAGUGUGACAUUAGCAAACUCUCCUGAAGAAGUUUUAUGCACAAUAGCAAAAUCUCCUUCUGAACAUACAACCACUUCAGACAACUUUGAAUCAAAAAGAAAAGAAUCGGUUGAAGAGGAGACAACUAUCAUUGUAAAAAAUACUCAUGAGGAGAAACUAAGUGAUAAGGGCAACGAUCGUAGAGAUUCUAUUGUCAUUGACUUCACAGCAGAUGAAAGAAGGAAUGACAGAAUGUCAUACUUUACUGAAGAACAAAUUCAAGAUAUGCUUCAGAAAGUAAAUCAAAAAGGAUCUGUUACACAAUAUUCAAAGUCAGGUUACCAAACUGAUUGUUACUCUUUCAGCAAGGAAAAUGAAUUCCGAUAUGGUACCAGUAAUUAUCCCAGUCUGAUGAAUUAUCCAUCUCAAGCAGAACCUUAUUGGCAAACUAAAUCUACUGAUCCUGAAAAAACCAUGCUACUUACUUAUUCUGAAAUGCUCUUGUCAUCUGAUAUCAUUAGUAGUAAGGCAGAAAAUGCUCAUGAAAUAGCUGAUAAUGAUAGCAACAUCAUCGAUGAUGACACUGAAAAGCCAACUGAUGUGCUGGAUUCAACAGAUAUGGAAAAACUUCGCAGGGAAUCACAAGAACUCACACAAACAUCAGAACAACUCGCUAUUGACUUGUCAUCUCUGCUUUCAGUUGAUAGUUCAGAGAUUUCUAAUGAACUGUCACAGAACUAUGUUUCAAAGCGACCAAAAUCACCAGAAGAUCAUUCAGAGUCUUCUCAGGAAACAUCCUCAUCUGAUUCUGAUGGGGAUUAUCCAUCAAAUCAACAUCUUAUUCUGGAAUUCGGUGGAGAAAAUGAUGUAAGCAAUAAAUGUACUGAGCUUCCAUCAGCAAACAUUUCAUCAGAAGAGACCAACUUGCAAACCCAGUCUGAUGAUGUUAGUAUGAAAUCUGAAGAUGUUAUAAGUGAGACAGAUAAAGCAGCAUUAACUGAAGCAAAUCUAUCUAAAGAGAUUAUUGCUACUGUUCCUGAUUCGGCUGAUGGGAAACAUGUCCAUGUUGACAAUUUUCCAGAACAUUCUGAAUAUCUCAGUUCUCAAGCUACAGAAGAAAUCUCUGAGGAGAGUUCCAUUAUAGAAAUUGUUGAAGAUCACACAGAAGGUCCUAAUGACAAAAUGUCUGAUGAUGUUUCAGAAUUUGUUGAUAGAAAAGAAGUUUUCUUUGGAACUAUGCGUCAACAGAUUGAUAAACCAUUGAGCUACAGUCUUCCAGUUAACACCAGUCUAGCUGAAUCUAGUUCCUCAUUACAUGAUGGGGCUGAUUGCGAAACUUCUAAAGAGACUGUAAGUUCAGAUGUUGAUAUUUUCCAGAUGAAGUUAUUAAAUAGAGAAUUGUGUGAAACUAACGAGUUGAAUGCCACCCAACAUGAAGAAUUGAGUGAACCACAAGCUAAGGAGUUAGAUAAUGUCAGUGUUUUGGAAUCAGUAGGAAAAGAAUUUGAAUUUACCUCAGCUAGCUCUUUUGAAGAAAGUAGCGUAAGUAUUCCUGAAAAUUCUUUGGCUGAGAAAUCAGUGCCUGAUAAAGACCAUUCUGAAGAGGAAAUUAUGCCAGUUACUUUUGAUGAAGUUAAAUCUAACUUUACUGAAGAAACAUCAACAAAAAAGCCAGAGGACAUUUUUAAUGCUGAAUUCUCAGAAACAGAUAUUGGCAAGUUUUCACCAGCAAGUAAUGAGGCAGAGCUGGAGCAACAAAAACCUCUUGAAAACAUUCAGCCAUCAUCGGAACAAUUUUAUAAAGAAUGUUUUGGAAAUGAAUCAAGUUAUGUUGUGACUGAAUUCCCAGAAGAACUAAGAAGUCAAGAAGAACAUAAAAUUAUUCUUUCAGACAAACAUUUGGCAACAUUUGAUGAAAAUCAAAGACAAGAGACAGACAUCUGUAGAGAUUACAGUACAGAGAAAGACCAGUUCUUGAAAGAGACUGAUGCUGACACAAAGAAUACUGGCAUCAAGAACAAAAAGAAAAAGAAACAGAAGAAAAAACCAAGAUUCUUUGCUCUUGAUAAUGAAAUGCUGAUGCAGUUUGUUGAAACAACAGCAGAAUUAUCCAAGGAAUCUGAGUUUGAUUCUUCAGGUAUGGAUCCAAAUAUAGCUUCAUUGGAUCAAAAUGACAGUGCUGUAACUAAAAACCAAAUGGAAAUACAAUCAUUGGCUGAACUAGAAAUAGAAGAAUCUUUGAAAGAAUUACCACCAACUAGCUUAGCAGUUGAAGACAAAUUUGAAAUAUCUGAAGAUACUUUAAAAACACAGAAUAAAAUCAAUUCAGUAACAGAAGAAUCUCAUUUGUCACAUGACGCUCACUUUGUCGAUGCAAUUACUGAACAGGAGUCUUCAACUGAAUUACUAGACUCUGAAUUUACUCCAAGUGUCAUCAAAGAAAAUGCUAAUAUAGAAGAAAUUGAGCAAGUUGUAAAUAAAUUAGUUGUCAGUCCAUGUAAAGAAAUGCUUACUCAUGAAACUGAGAUCUCAAGUAUAGAAUGCGAAGUCAGUGAAAUUACCAGUGAACCAUUGAAUGACAACACACUCAACAUUAAGUAUUCAGAAGAAGUUGGCUUUGAUUCGGCUUCUGUCCAACAACCUGAAGCUUUUGUGAAUAUAGCUGACACUGAGCCUUAUUGCCAGCUUCUCAAAGAACAAACAGACAUAGGAGUCAUUGAACAUUCAUCUGUUGACCAGUCAGAGAAAAAGGAAGAGCAGAGUAAAAAUGUGGAUCUUGUUAAACAUGUUGAGAUUUCAGAUGUUCAGGAAACAUUUACAGAGUCAUCCAAUGUUAAUUUAACUGCUGAAUGGGACAAUGCAACUCAGCUAGAAAUAGAGCAUAGGUCAUGUCUGUUGAAAACAGAGGACAGUCCAGAUCAACAGGAAAUAAAGGAAAGUACAUGCCUGUUGAAGGCAACGGAAGAUACAGCUCUGUCAAAGACAGAGGAAAGUACAACUCAGAUGGAGAUAAAGGACAGUAGUCCAGCUCAAAUGGAAUCAGAGACAUUUAGCAAAUCAUCUCCAGAGCAAAUAGAACUGAAAACAGAUAUUACAGAAGUGGAGCAAAAGCAGUUAGAAGUUAAAUGUGGAGAAUCCACCAUUACUGCUAGUCCUACCUUCCCUGUUCAGUCAACUGUGGCUGCAAGCAAUGUAAGUAUAAUUGCACCUGAGGAAGAAAAGCCAAAGAAGAAACGAAAGAAAAGGCGAUCCCCAUAUUUAUAUGGCUAUGGUGAUGACUCAAUCAAUUCAUCUGAUUUUAUAGAACCUAUGAUAAGUGAUCCUGAUGUCAGCCAACAUAUACUUCCUGCACUUGCAGAAACUGUUUCAUCUUGCACUGACACUACUUCUUUGAAGUCGGCAGAGAGCAAAUCUUCCCCCGAAACAAUAAUUGAUAAAGACAUCGAUGGUGCCCCUAAUGAGAAUCAAGUGAAGGAAGCAACUCCCGAGAUUAAAGAUCAUGUUUCCACACAUGAACCUACGGAUGUUACGUGCACAAAAUGUUCUCCUGAAGAAGAGACUGAGAAAGACAUCCAUCCAAAGAAAAAGAAGAAAAAGAAAAAGAAGUCAUCUUUAAAAGAUGAAAAUGAAACAACAUCAGAACAGAAGAAGUCUAACCAGUCUUCCAAGAAAGAUAAAGAAUCAUUUUCUAAAGAAAAAACACCAGACACUCUUUGUAAAGAUGGAGCCUUCAAAAGUCAGGAGGGAGAUGGUCAGAUUCCACUGGUGAAAGAAUUGAAAGAUUCAGAAGCUACCAAAUCUCAAGAUGACUAUCCUAAAACUGACAGACAGUUAUCUUCAGAGGAAGAACUUCAGAAAGAGUUUGUUGUGGAGAGCAAUGAAGAAAGAACAGAUGAGUGUGUGUACAGUCUGCUCCCAUCUGAAACUGAAAUUGAUGUGACUACUCAUCAAGCUAGUAUGCUGGAAGAUGUUAAAGGAGAAAUGAUUGUCGAGAACAUUCACAAGACUGCUCAGAAAGAAAAUAAACAAGCAAAAGUAGAGCAACUAUCCAGAACUGAAGAUGGGAAUAAUUUGGCCUUUGCACAAGAGAAACCACAUUUAUCAGCUAUUGUUAAGGAGGAUUUAGAUGAAAGUGAUUCAGAACUUGAACUUUCUAGAAAACCAAUGCUGGAUAAGCAUGUUUCAAAAUCCAUCAGCUCUCCCCCAGAAGGAACAGGUAGUGACAAACAUCUGUUAUUUUCUGAGGAUUUCAAAGAUGCUGAUUUCAGACUGGCUGAGAAAUCUGAUAAGAAAUCUUUUGUUAAUAUUUCUGAAUCAAAUGAAAAUGUUCAGUCUGAAAUUCUUGAUGAAACAAACAUUGUAAGCAAGGACAAUGAAAACUCUAGCACUUCCAAUACAAAAAUAACUUCUUUGGAAACCAAGAAGAAAAGGCGUUCACCUUUCCCUUAUGGUGAUGAUGAGAAAUCAAUAUUAUCGAAAGGAAUUGAAGAAUAUUUCCAAUCUACUCCCAGUAAGGCAACAAAAACAGGUCCUUUAUAUGUUGACUCACCAGCAAUGACAUCAGAAUUAAAAGUGGCAGAAACUCCAGAUCUCACAAUUAGUAAUCAGAGCUUUUCCAAUAGUGAAGAACUAAAAUAUAGUCAGGUUAUGACAACACCAGAGGACACAAAAAAGAAGAAGAAACAAAAGAAGACAUCACAAGUAAAAUUCUCUGAAAGUGGUAAAGUCAUUCCAGUUCCUCCUGAAAGUUCUUCAGUUGAAACAUCAGCCAAGAUUUCUGUAGUGGAAGAUAAUAAUACAGUAGAAAUAAAGAAAGGUGUUUCCAAGACAGAGAACAAGGUUAGCCAAACUUUGUCGAAAGUUUCUUCAGCAAUUUCUAAGAAAGCCCAAGCUGUUCUUGAAGACUCUCCAAUCCGGAAAAAGAAAUCUAGUACGUCAAACGAAGAAAGCUCUGAGGACUCAAAGACUAAUGAGAAUAAUUCUAGUAUAUUAAAGUUGUCAAAGAAAAAGACAAAACACAAAGAAGUCUCUACAAAGGAAAAUUCCAGUGAAUUGUGUCCAAGCAAAGAAUCUAAGAACAUCUCAACAGAUUCUUCAUCCAUAACAAGCAGUGAACAUUCUCAGAAGAAAUUCAUUGCUGAAACUGAGAAAUUAGUGAAGUUGGAACCUGUUGAAGAGAAAACGACACAUAUGUCAAUAGCACCUCCAAUUUCAAAAAUUCCAUCUGAAACUGACUCAAAAUGUCCAAACAAAGAAAAUAAAGAGAAAGAGGAAUCAUCAACUGGAAAAGUUGCUAAGUCUGUUGUUGAUAAAAUAUCUUCUUUAGUGACAUCAAUUACCAAACAAGUAACAGAUUCACUGGAAGAACUCUCAACACACAAAAAGAAGAAAUUAAAGCAGUCAUCACUUACAAUCCCUGAACUCAAAGAAACAGAGGACAAAAGAUCAUUCAAGGAAAGAACUGAAUCUUCAAAUUCAGAUUCAAAGAACAAGUCCAAUAAGAAAGUCUUGGACAGUUCCCUGUCCGAGAAAUCCAUGCGGAAAGUAGGUGAAGCUAAUCCAAAUUCCAAACAGAAAUCUCAGAAAGGGAACUCUUCUAGCAAAGCUUCGCCGCUGUUGUCUAAAAAGAAACAGAAGAGCAAACAUUCAAGGGACUCAAAGAACAUUCCAGUCAGUCUAAUAAAAAUUGAAUCCCCUUAUAGGCAGCAUACAUACCUGCCAUUGAUACAUCAUCUAACUGAAGAGGAAGCAGCUUUCUCAGAUACCACACCACUGACAAAGCGAAAGAAGAGGCAGAGGAAAAAGAAGAAGCACCAUAAUUUGUCACAGUUGUCUACUGCAACUGAGAGUUCGUGCGAGAUAGACACGGCUCUGUGGUUGCACUCCAAUAAAUCAUCUCGUGACAACAGUAGCCAUCAAAAGACCAAAAUUCCUCCACGGCCUAAAAUCGUUGUUUCUGAGGAUACGAGUGCACCUCCACUGCCACUACCUCGUGCGAACUCAACACCACCAACAAAGAGAGCAGGUACACCAACAUCUCCCUAUUUAUCAGCUGACUCCUUCAACAAUCCACGAUCGAGGUCACGCUGCCGGAGGUCACCAGUAAAAGAAUUAUUGUGGCUUUCUGAACAGGAGAUGCUCUCAGACAGGAAUGAUUCAGACUCAACCAGAAGGGGACGAUCACUGAGUAAUAUACACCGCAUCAGUAAAAUUAACCUAGCAUAUAUAUCAACUGGUACACGUGUAAGAAAAAGAAGAAAAAAGAAUAUUAUUGCGGUCUCUUAAUUUAAUUUGAUUUUUAUGUAUAUAUACAUAUAUAUAUAUGUAUAUAUUAUAUAUUACAUAUAUAUAAAUGUAUAUGUAUAUAUAUAUAUGCAUAUAUACAUAUAUACCUGUGUGUAUAUAUAUAUAUAUAUAUAUACACGCACAUAUAUAUACACACAUAUAUAUAUAUGUCUUAAUAGAUUAACAAAAUCCCGCCUGUAUAAGAUAACUUACGCAUCCAACCACAUGAAAAUACACACACACAUAUAUACACAAGUAACUAUACAUACAUACACAAACAAAUCUAGCGUUGCUUUCAUACAUAACUUUGAGAAGUCCUAAUUCUUCCUUUAUCAUGCUAUUAAUAAUGGAAACAUCCUGCAAUAGGGUGGGAGGGGAGGGGGAGCUGAAUAGGUUCUAAAAAUGUAGCGCACCGGACUAAAUGACCUGCAGUAUUUAGUUUCCAUCUUCAAUGCACUAGGUUCGAAUCCUGCCAUAAUUUGACUUUUUUUUCUUCUUACAUUUCUCAAAAUGUGGAAGAACACAAAGUCAUUUUAUUAAUUAUACCAGUUAUAUACCAAGAGGUUUAAUUCAAUAAACUAUACUUCCUGCCUAUUCAAGGUAGAAACUAAUCUUGUGCAAAGUACUACUACUGUUACUACUACUACUACUAAUUUUACUUUCAAUAAUAAUAAUAGUUUUGAUUAGAGUACAUAUAAGUAGUUUAAUAAUGAUAAUUGACAAUAUAAAUAUUGUAAUUUAAUAAUAAUGUUGUUACUAGUUGAAUAUAGGUUAUAUAUGAUUAUAUAUAAUUUGAAGAUAACCCUUUUUCUUUAAGCUCUUUAUUUGCAUUUUUGGAAGAAUUGGGGUAAAUUUCUAUUUUUUUAUUUUCUUUCUUUGGUUCAUUAUGGGUGUGGUGUUUUUACUUAGUAGUUAUUUAUUAUUAUAAAAUUAAUCAGAAAAAAAUAUGGAGAAAAAAAUUAAAUAAAAAAAAAGCAAGUCACAUUUUGAUAUAAUACCAGUCAUAUUUUGUAGUGUGACAUGGCAAAUGGUCAUAUGUCCUUAUGACAUGUACCUGGUCAUAUCUCGGUGUGACACAUGACUGGUCAUAUCUCAUUGUGAUGUGUAACUGGUGAUAUCUAAUUGUGACAUGUGCCUGGUCAUAUUCCAUUGUGACAUAUACCUGGUCAUAUCUUGUUGUGACAUGCCCCUACUACUACUACUGUUACUAUAACUACUACUACUUCAAUACAAUAGGUGUAAAGCUACUAAUAAUGAACAAUAAAAGUGCACAGAAGUAUGGCUUGAAGAACACCUAUUCCUCCCACAACUCUUCAGUAGCUAUAAGGAUAUUUACCA